GCGUUAGCCGCAGUUAUUCACAGUAGCGACUCACGUCGUCUCUCUGUCACUCCGUGUUACUUUAUGGUUGUCCAAUCAACAAGUAACACGUGCAUUGUAUUUCUAAUCUAAUCGGUCCUGGAUUAUUUUCUAGCUAUCCCUAGCUAGAUGCAGUUAGGGGCUCGUCUGAGCCAAAUUGAUUUUUUUGUGUAGAUGAUUUUAACAUUUUAUUGGCGCGCCUUUCACGACCUGUAGGCUAAAUACUGCUAAAAAUUUAAGCUAGGAACCACACAGCUCUGCCGCAGCAGACAUGCUAAUUAGCAACCUAGCAGUGUGAACAUUAUACCGUGGGCUAACGCUCAUUAGCCAAGGAGCUAACCUGCCGCUACAAUGGACGACUCUGGUAUUAAGAAGCAGAACUGGGAUGUGAAGGAGACGGAAUUAUUUCUGGAAAUUCUCAAGGAGCUGGACAUGAAGAAGUGCUUAGACGGGAGGAAAGUAAGGAAUAAUAGACUAUUCAAAGUGGCACACAGGAGGAUGACAGCGGCCGGCUAUCACAGAUCUGUGGACCAGUUAAAGUUUCGCUGGAAACUUCUCAAAAGUGCGUACUAUAAGUGCAAACGUGAGCCUAACUCCCCGGCCCCGACUAAAAUACAGGGCUGGUGGCGUUAUGAAAAGACAAUGAUUGCGAUCAUGGAGUCCAGACACCCUCUGGUCGGAGCUGGUGUCAACUCUGAGAGGAACGAUGAGGUGACGGAGGACUCGGAUGGUGAAGCAUCAAUGCUGCACUGGCCGCAGCCCUGCCCCGACAAUACCACUCAGAACCUGGAUUUAAUUAUCAAAAUGGACCCUGAAAUGGACUCGCAGCUGAAGAUUGGCUUUAUCGGUGCAGGUAACAUGGCUUUCGGCAUCGCAAAGGGCAUCUUGUCUGGAAGUGUUCUUCCUGUAAACGUCAAAGUGAGCGCACCGUCCUCCAGGAAUCUGGGACGCUUUCAGGAGCUUGGCAUUGCUGUAACUCACUCCAACAUAGAAGUGGUGUGUGGGUCAGAUGUGGUCUUUGUUUCAGUCAAACCUCACCUGGUUCCACCAGUUCUCAAUGAAAUCUCACAACAUGUCACUGACAGACACAUUAUAGUGUCUGUUGCAGCAGGAGUGACACUGGCUACGUUAGAAGAGCUCCUGCCAGAGAACUCAGUUACCAUCCGGCUGAUGCCAAAUCUACCAUGUGUGGUUCAGGAGGGGGCUCUACUGUUUGCGCGGGGGUCCCAUGCGAAACAGGAGGAUGGUGCUUUGCUUCGCUCCUUGUUGCAUCACUGUGGUUUGGUGGAGGAGGGACCUGAGGCCUGGAUUGACAUCCACACUGGACUGAGUGGGAGCGGAGUCGCUUUUGUUUACCUUUUUGCUGAAGCGCUGGCAGAAGGAGCUGUUAAAAUGGGCAUGCCCAGUGCUCUAGCCCACAGCAUCGCAUCUCAGACUGUUCUGGGUGCUGGGAGAUUAUUACGGGAUUCUGGGAAGCAUCCUGCUCAGCUUCGCUCUGAGGUCUGCACUCCAGGAGGAACUACAAUCUAUGGGCUUCACACGCUGGAACAAGGCGGCGUAAGGGCUUCGACCAUGAGCGCUGUGGAGUCUGCCACAGACAGAGCCAGGGAGCUUGGCCGAAAGUCAGCCGCAGGGAGCAGGAAAUGAUGGCUGCUAUUUGCCUUUUAAGAACUACUCAUCAGACAUUAACUUGAGAAAGGCCUAACAAAAAACUGACUAUUUUGCUCAAUGUCACAAUGGAACACAAGAACAAAAAAAAGGACUUGUCACAACUUUAUUCCACUCCAUGAUUUUUCACAAAUAAGUGCGGUACUUGUUUUUUGUGUUUGACCAGAACAAUUUGAUGUUGGCAAGAAACAAAUAUUGGCUUAACAUUGACACUGAUGAAUAAAUAAUGUUAUCAUGACAUGUGAUCUACUGUUGGGAGAGAAUGACUGUUUUUACAUGCACACCAGUAAUCCUGUCUUUUGGGAUAAAGGCAGUAAUGAAACUAAGGCAGAGCCCUAAUUUAUGAUGCCAGUAGUUGUGGAUGUUACAAUCACAAUAGAAUGCACAGUACUACCAUUUUAGUCACAUUUACGGAGGCUGUGUUGUUCUUAAAGAGACUUCAGGCAUUAUUCAGACCAGACACGUCCUUAGUAUUGGUCAGCAGUCUGAAGAGUGUCUGAGGCACAAAAAUCUGUGAUGGGUAGAUAAAGUAGCAUGUUUCAGAUCAGUCUUCGCUGACCAAUACUAAGGACUUUCAUUUAUAAGAAGUCAGAGAGUCAAUAUUUUGUCUUUAAAGGCCACUGGCGGUAUCCUCGAAGAGCAUCUUAUUUUAUUUUCUAAACUACCAGCACUGUUUCUUGACAAACUUCCUAUUAUUUUUUUUAUUAUUCCUACAAUCUACUGUAGCAUGAAUCCACCCAAAAAGCAUCUCACAUAAGAUUCUUUACUGAUGUACUGCCUUACUGGUCUUGAUGGGAUUAUCAUGUGCAAUCAGUGCAGAGUAUAGAAUGGAAGUUUAUUGUGUGGAUGUAUUUAUUGAUUAAAAUAAUUAUUACAUCAUA